AAUGCCUGGACAAAUAAAGACGCCAACAAACCAAAAACUUUUGACUAAUGUUGCUAUAGUUCGUCUUAAAAAAUGUGGGAAGCGUUUUGAGAUUGCUUGUUAUAAAAAUAAAGUUUUGAAUUGGAGGAACAAAACAGAGAAAAAUAUUGAUGAAGUUUUGCAGACCCAAAAUGUUUUUGUAAAUGUUGCAAGAGGUCAAUUAGCUAAAAGAGAUGACCUUGUUGAAUGUUUUGAAACUGAUAAUCAACUUGAAAUUUGUAAAACGAUUUUGGAAAAGGGUGACCUUCAGGUUUCGGAUAAGGAACGCCAACUUACUUCUGAAAGUUCUUUUAAGGAAGUCGCUAAUUUAAUUGCAAAUAUGUGUGUUAAUCCUGAAACUCAGCGACCUUAUUCUUUGGCGACGAUUGAAAAUGCUCUUCGAGACGCUCAUUUUUCUUUAAAAUCAAAUCAUUCGGCAAAACAACAGGCCCUUGAAAUGAUUCCAAAAAUUCGUGAAAAUCUAAAAAUUGAUCGUGCCAAAAUGCGUGUUCGUGUUUCUGUCCCAGCUAAACAUGCAAAAUCGAUUCAUGGAAAGUUGAAAGGAUUUUUUGAGACUGUCGAAGUUGAAGAUUGGGAGAAGGGAAAUUUAGAGAUGGUUGGUUUAAUUGAACCUGGAAAUUAUAAAACAAUUGCUGAAUUACUCAAAGGGGACAAGAAAGAGAAAAUUGAACAAAUUGGAUUGGAAUUGUUAAGUUUAAAAGUAAUUAGUGAAGGGGAAGUUGAAAUUACUUGAAGAAAAUUAAGAAGUAAAUUAAAAUAUAAAAAUAAAUAUUCCUUUUACAAAAUAAUUGUGAGAACAAAAUAAAUUUUUAAAAUUUGAUUAUUUUUAUAAAUAAAUUUUGUUUUGGACUCUGUCCAGUUUUGUCUAGACAGAGUUCUAACACAAACAAUAUCUGAAUUAUUAUAUUUGUUGAUUGUCUUUUACUACUUAAUGUCCAACAAACCUGGACUGAAAUAAUUAAAAUAUUUCUCUCAGGCAAAUAUUUAAAUAUUUUUUCCAAUUUAGAUAAGGCAAAUAACCUCCUCAUAAAUUAUAUUUUCCCUUAUUUUAUAUUGACCUACAUUUAAUCAUUUACUGAAGUAUUGGGAUGUAAUGGUUGAAUUUUGUAGAGUUUAAUUUCUUUACCCUCUUUUUCUUCAUUUUUAAAAUUAGCUUUUUUUUCUCAAAAACUUUUGUUUCUCCCAUUCAGGGCAAAAUGUCCACGUUCAUCCCCCACACAGCUGUGGUGUUUUAAUAGUGGAAGAAAAUUGGCGACGGCUGAACGAGUUUUCUAUUUUUCCUCUGCUAAUUUUCUUCUCUUUCAUUUGUCAGACCUCUGUCAUUUUUUUUCAAUUUUUUCUCUUUUCUGCAGCUGCUUAACACAAUAUU